AUGUUCAAACACCACUAUAAGCAGCUUGUGAAGCAGGCCCGCAAGAUUGCUAAGAACACCGCUCAGGUGCAACACUCUCGUGACGUGGAAAAGAAGCGGGCGGUGCUCAACUACCAGAAACUCACCGCGGUGAAGGAACGCCAACCCGUGGGUCCCAUUGACGCCAAGCUCGCCGAUUUGAACUCAGCGAAGCCCCCAUUCCGUUUCGACAGCACCAACUUUAAGAAACUUGCCACCGAGCCUCACACCGAGAUCCUGGAGAUGCACAGCUUGCAACACUUUAACAACGUCCACGAGUUCUUACGCUCUCAGCGGGAGUACAUGGAAUUGUUGGAACGGUACAAUCCGGGGUUGACGAUGACCCAGGAGGACAACGUCCGCAAAACCGCCGCUAAAGUCGGUCUCCAAGUACCGGAAAAUUAG